UCCCUCGACGUGGUUCUUGUGAACUUGCGCUGUGGUCAAACUGCAUAAACACAGCCGAAUACUUGCACGGGAUUGAGGCGUGGAUACAAAAGAAACGGGCUCCUAUAUGGGAUCACGUUGUUGUUUUGUGUUGAUUCAAACCUAACGGAAUUUUAAUUUCUGACGUUGCGGUUUGAUAUAAUAUAUCGGAUUCAGGAUGAUGAAGUUUAGGUUUAGACGGCAGGGAAAUGACCCCCAGAGAGAAAAAAUCAAGCAGGAUCUUUUUGCAUUCAAUAAGACUGUUGAACAUGGAUUCCCCAGUCAGCCAAGUGCUCUGGCCUAUGACCCAAAACUACAAGUUAUGGCCAUUGGAACUAAAUCAGGAGCCAUCAAAGUAUAUGGGGCUCCUGGAGUGGAAUUCACAGGCCUUCACAAAGACACUGCUACAGUCACACAGAUCCACUUCCUCCAAGGGCAGGGGUGGAUGGUAUCUCUACUGGAUGACAACACCAUGCACCUGUGGGAGACUGGGCAGAAGGAGCGCUGCUCAGACCUCAGGGAGGUUCGGAGCUUCAGUCUCCCUGGCCGGUCUGGCAUCGAGAGCACCAGUGUGACACGAGUGACUGUUCUUCUGGUGAAAAGCAGCAGUGAUCUCUUAACUCUGGGUACAGAGGGUGGUGGAGUUCACUUCUUGGAACUGCCUAGCCUCAGGCUAGUGGACAAGUCUCUGUUCCAUGAUGAGAUAAUGCAGAGUGUUCCUGAGGACUACCGCUGUGGGAAGUCUCUGGGGCCUGUGGAGGCUCUGCAGGAACAUCCCCUGCACGCGCACAAAAUUCUCAUCGGCUACAGCAGAGGCCUGGUGGUGCUGUGGGACUUCAAAAGUCGACAUGUAGACAACCUUUUCCUGGGAAAGCAGCAGCUGGAGAGCUUGGUCUGGGUACGGUCAGGGAGCAGCUUUGUCAGUUCCCAUAGCGAUGGCGGCUACAUGGUCUGGAGUGUUAGUAGCAGCACCCCCUGCAUACAAGAGCCAGUCACCUCCACUAUACCAUAUGGGCCCUUCCCCUGCAAAGCUGUGACCAAGAUCCUGUGGAGGACCACGCAGUCGGGGGCUGCACUGGUGCUGUUCAGUGGGGGAAUGCCCCGAGCCAGCUAUGGCGACCGCCACUGUCUAACCAUUCUGCAGGACAGCGUGCACGUCACGCUUGACUUCACCUCACGAGUCAUCGACUUUUUCACUGUCCACCAUGUGGACAGAGACCAUGAAUUAGACGACCCCUCUGCUCUUGUUGUGCUCCUGGAGGAGGAGUUGGUGGUGAUUGACCUCCAGGCGGCUGGCUGGCCCACCAUCCCAGCCCCAUAUCUGGCUCCCCUGCAUUCGUCUGCCAUUACCUGCUCCUACCACAUAUCCAACGUGCCCACUAGGCUCUGGGAGAGGGUGGUGAGCGCUGGUCUACAGCAGUGCUCAGCACAGACCUGCACGAACUGGCCAAUAUGUGGAGGGAAAAACCUGGCACCUGCAGUGAAACAGCGAGAGCUGCUUCUGACUGGGCAUGAGGAUGGCACAGUGCGUUUCUGGGAUGCAUCUGGAGUUGCACUUCAGCCACUGUACAAGCUGAGUACAGCCAGCAUCUUCCAGAUAGACUGUGAGCACAACGACAGCUUCACCCAGGCUGCCGAGGAGGAGUGGCCUCCCUUCCGAAAGGUGGGCUGCUUUGACCCGUACAGCGAUGACCCAAGAUUAGGAGUGCAGAAGAUCUGCCUGUGUAAAUACAGUGGCAAGCUGGUGGUAGCUGGUACUGCAGGACAGGUGAUUUUAAUGUAUCUCUCUGACGAGAAGUCGGAUCACAUGAUCGACCUGGCCACAGUGGACCUCCUCCAGGACCGGGAGGGUUUCACAUGGAAGGGUCACGACCGGCUGCCUCCGAAGUCCGGCUCUGUGCUCUUUGCUCCUGGAUUCCAGCCUGUUGUUCUGGUGCAGUGCAUGCCCCCUGCGGCGGUCACCUCGGUAACCCUGCAUGCUGAGUGGAACCUAGUCGCAUUUGGCACCAGUCACGGCUUUGGCCUCUUUGACUACCAUCGGCGUAGCCCAGUGCUGGCAAGGUGCACACUACACCCCAACGACUCGCUGGCAAUGGAGGGGCCUCUCUCGCGGGUCAAGUCCUUGAAGAAGUCCCUCCGGCAGUCCUUCAGGAGGAUCCGUAAGAGCAGGGUGUCGGGAAAGAAGCGCGGUGUGGUUAGCAGCCCCUCCAGCAAAGUCCAGGAGGCUAAUGCCCAGCUUGCAGAGCAGGAUUCUGAGGUGACACCUGUGCAGAGGCGCAUUGAGCCGCGCUCAGCUGACGACUCACUCUCUGGUGUGGUGCGGUGCCUCUGCUUUGCCGAUACCUUCCUCCGAGAUGGAACACACCAUGGCCCAACCAUGUGGGCGGGUACGAACUCUGGCUGUGUGUAUGCAUAUGCACUGGACGUGCCCCUGCAGGAGAAGUUCUCGGAGCAGAGCGUGGAGGCACUGCUCGGAAAGGAGAUCCAGCUGAUGCACAGAGCGCCCGUGGUGUCCAUCGCCGUGCUGGAUGGCAGGGGAAACCCGCUCCCGGAGCCCUAUGAGGUGUCACGAGACCUGGCCAAAGCUCCCGACAUGCAAAGCAGCCACUCUGUCCUGAUUGCCUCUGAGGAGCAGUUCAAAGUAUUCAUGUUGCCUAAAGUCAGCGCCAAGACCAAGUUCAAGUUAACAGCGCACGAAGGCUGCCGUGUGCGCAAGGUGGCGCUAGUGAGCUUCAGCAGUGUGGCCUCAGAGGACUACUCCGAGAAUGGCCUGGUGUGCCUCACCAACCUGGGGGACAUCCAUGUGUUCAGUGUGCCCGCGCUCAGGCCGCAGGUGCGCUACGACUGCAUCCGCAAGGAAGACAUCAGUGGCAUCGCAUCUUGCGUGUUCACCAAGACGGGGCAGGGGUUCUACCUGAUAUCGCCUUCCGAGUUUGAGCGGUUCUCUCUAUCUGCACGGGUGAUCACGGAGCCGCAGUGUCAGGUGUAUGUAGAGAGACCUUAUGAGUCUUCGGAAGUCAGCUCCUGCACGAGUGUUUCACCCCAGGCUAACGGCACACACAAGAGCCAGUCGCCAGGGCAGAGCCGGUCUGCAGGGGAUGCAGAAGCAGUAAUUGAUGAAUUGCAGAGUGCCUUGUCUUCUCCUUGCCUGGACUCCCCGAACAGCAGUGCUGACAUCACGCUCGACACCACUGGUGAGCUCACAGUGGAGGACGUGAAGGAUUUCCUAGUGAGUGUGGAUGAGGCUGAGAAUAACCUGAGGAACAUGACUGAGGAGGAUGGCCGCCCUCCUGGAAUCCUCAUCAACUGACAGGAUGACAGCUGGAGGGCCAGAAGUGAUGGAGAUUACCCUGUAACUCAAGGAGAAGAGUAUGAUGGGGAUUUGCACAGUGGUAGAAUGCUGCACUUUCCCUUUUUGCCAAAACAUUUGAAUGUUUCACUGUGUGCCCUCAUCCACCUUUUCUCCAGCUGCAUUCCCACCCACUCAACAGUGGAGCUCGUUGGGUGUGAGGCUACAGACUAGCGUUUGCCACAGCAGAGGAAAAAGGUCCAUCACACGUUGCACAGCACCGGAGCAGUCAAGGCUAUCACGAUGCUUGCACUGACCAUGUGUUCAGUAUUUUGUUUAUUUUUUAAUUCUUUACUUUCCUUAAACAUUCCUCUUUUUCUGUUAUGCCUUGCCCCUUUCACUGUGUGUGCCGUCGGGAGGAGUGCAGUCAGUAAGAACAUUUCUAUUGCUUCUCAGUAUCCUUUUCUACAUGAUCCUGUGAUGGUUUUCCAACAACAAAUCAGGAAGCUAUUGAAAAGUGAAGCUUAUGGACCCUGUGGGUUUGGUAGAAUAACAUUUCUCUUUUUUAAUGUCUCAUGUAACCACUUGCCAUUGUAAGUAAUUCUGACAAUUAACUGUGAAAUGUAGACUUUGAAGGAGCAUGGUGUGUAACCCUUCAAGUAUUCCUAUUAGUAAUUAGUGAGUUUGGAGCUUUUUAGCUUUCUUACUCCAAAUGCUUUUGUUGCAGUAUUAACAAAAAUGAAGUAACUAAUAAUGGUUUUUCAUGUAAUGUAUUCUAUAGAGUAAUUUUAUACUGCCUGUAAAUUUGAAAUUUUGUAUUUUUUAGAUUACUUAGGCAGUUGGGUGUUUCUAACUGCAUUUUUUUUUUUUUUUUUUUUUUUUUUUUUUUUUUUUUUUAAGUUGUAUGAUAACAAAAUAAUUAAAAAUAUUUCACAUUAAGUAUAGCUCAUGGCUGAUUAUCUCCUUGAAAGAAGCCAUCCAAAAGGAAUAUUGUACAAACAGUCCAGUUGAUUUUAAACGUUGCUUGUUUGGAGAAAAUGGUCCAUAGAGCUUGUGUUGGUGGAUUUUAGAUAUGAAUAUAGGAAAAGCAUUUAUUUUAUUUUUUUUAAUGCAAUAUGCUACAUUUGUACCAUUUUUGAAAGGAAAUGACCACACCCAUAAAUAGCCAUGUUGAAGUUUGACACUCAUCUUCCAGGUUUUAGAUUUCAAAAAGGACCUCACUAAUGUAAUAUUUCAGUUCAUCUUAGUUUAUUUUUGUCUUAUGUCCAACAUUGACAUGUUAUGUCUGACAAAUAGCCUGUGAAUCUGUAUUUAAUUUGUAUUUUCUUGUGUAGAAUUAUAACUGAAGAUAGUUAUGCCAAUGAAAAUGCUAAUAAAGUAUUUACUCCUU